UGCCAUAAUAUUUCUUCACACCCUCCAACCAUGAUUUCUCAUCUCAUCUUCCUCACCACGGCACUCACCGCCAUCUCCGCCGCCACCGCCGCCACAUUCACCAUCCGAAACAAUUGCCCCUACACACUCUGGCCAGCCGCCGUCCCCGGCGGCGGCCGCCCCCUCAACCACGGCGAGACCUGGAUCAUCAACGUCGCCGCCGGCACCGCCGCGGCCCGAAUAUGGGCCCGAACCGGCUGCUCCUUCGACCCGUCCGGUCGAGGUCGGUGCCAGACCGGCGACUGCGGCGGCGUCCUCGAUUGCCGAUCCUACGGCCAGGCCCCCAACACCCUCGCCGAAUACGCCCUGAACCAAUUCAACAACCUCGAUUUCUUCGACAUCUCCUUGGUCGACGGUUUCAAUGUCCCCAUGGACUUCAGCCCCAGCUCCGGCGGCUGCAGCCGCGGAAUCAGGUGCGCCGCCGACAUCAACGGCCGGUGUCCGGCGCAGCUCCGGGCUCCCGGCGGAUGCAAUAAUCCUUGCACCGUUUACAAGACCGAACCGUACUGCUGCGUCGGCCGCCCCCAGGACUGCCGGCCGACGGAUUUGUCGAGGUUUUUUAAAGGUCUGUGUCCCGACGCUUACAGUUACCCUAAGGAUGAUCAGACCAGCACUUUCACUUGCCCUGGAGGAACCAAUUACAGAGUCGUUUUCUGCCCUUGAUCUCGCCCCGCCCUAUAUGGACGGUCCAGAUUUGUUACGGAGGAUUGAUAUAAUGUUGUGGUUAAUAAUUAACAAAAUUAAAUAAGAGUGUUUUUAUGUUAUAGUAGUAUAUAAAAAAAUAUAUUAAAAAUAUAAAAAUUAAUAUUUUGUAUUAAAUU